AUACCAACCCCAAGUAGCUCAGCAAAAGAUAGGAGCUAAGGUGCCUCUAUUUGUCAAAAAAUAGAUCUGUCCGUGAAAAUGGCAAAAUCCAUGCGCUUCUUUGCCACAGUGUUACUUCUAGCAAUACUUUUCAUGGCUACUGAGAUGGGACCAAUGACAAUUGCAGAGGCAAGACAUUGCGAGUCUCAGAGCCAGCGUUUUAGGGGACUAUGUGUUAGGGAGAAGAACUGUGCCGCCGUCUGUGAAACGGAAGGAUUUUCCGGUGGCGACUGCCGUGGACUCCGCCGCCGUUGUUUCUGUACUAGGCCAUGCUAAGAAUAUUACUAUAUGUUAUAUAUAUUUUAUAUAUAUAUAAACUUUAAUUUGAGAAAGCUCUUGAAUAAGCACUAUGAUUGUUCAAAGAUUAACGUGAUAGUUUUGUUACUAAUUAAACUAGUCGUGAUCUUUGAUCGUAUGCAAUUAUGGUGGUAGGUGUAUUUCGGUUUGUGAUUUCUGUGAUUUAUUUUUGGUUUUCUGCUACGUUAUCGAUAAAAUAUCUUCUUUCCUAUUA